AUGAAGGGUUCCAUUUUUGUUCUGUUUCUAUUCUCUGUUCUCUUUGUCAUUUCAGAGGUGAGGAGUGAGGAUUUGGUGAAGCUCUGUGGGCGAGAGUACAUAAGAACAUUCAUCUACAUCUGUGCUAGCUCCAGGUGGAGAAGGAGUGUGGAGGGGAACCCUCAAGUUCAGCAAGCUGAGAGGCAAAACUUGCAGCUCCCUAAACAUGAGGUUUCUAUGGAAAAUGCAGCCCGUAACUUUCCAAAGAUGGAUUUCUUAGGGGAAGAACGUCUUCAGGGUGGACAGGUGCCCACUGAAGAAGGGCUCUGGAAGUCAAAGGAGCAUUCGGUGAUGUUAAGAGAAGAUUUACAAACUUUGUGUUGCACCGAUGGCUGUUCCAUGGCUGAUAUGAGCAGAUUUUGUUAA